ACAGGUUUGGCCACAUAUCCGGAUCCAAUAGCUCUGGGGCUGACUCUCGCGCUCACUGUCCUGUUGGCCGUCGGAGUGAAGGAAUCGAUUCGUUUCGCAACAGUCAUGACAUGCGUUAAUCUCGUAGUCGUUGUGUUUGUAGUGAUCGCCGGUCUCUUCAAAGUUAAUAUUGACAAUUGGAAAAUCCAAGAAUCGGAUAUUCCCGAGGAAUACAAGGAUAAGGCAGGGAAUGACACAAUUGAUGCCGGAAGCGGUGGUUUUCUUCCAUUCGGUUUCUCUGGCAUGAUGUCCGGCGCCGCCACUUGUUUUUACGCUUUCGUUGGUUUUGAUGCCAUCGCCACUACAGGUGAAGAGGCGAAGAACCCGAAGCGAGCGAUUCCGUUAUCAAUUAUUAUAUCUUUGUCCCUCAUAUUCAUGGCGUACUUCGGUGUCAGCGCUAUUCAGACUCUUAUGCUUCCGUAUUAUCUGCAAAACGAUGACAUCACGAAAGGAGCGCCUCUGCCCUACAUCUUCGAGCACGUGGGCUGGACGUGGGCUAAAUGGGUGGUCGCCAUCGGCGCCCUCAACGGUCUGUCCACCAGUUUGUUGGGCGCUAUGUUUCCGUUGCCGCGA